AGUAAAAUAAUACACCAUAACUUCUUAAUCUUACACCUAGCAAGAAACUGAAAACCACACUUAAGAAAGAAGACAACUAUAAAUUCAACCCAACCUCUAAAAAGAGUAGAGUAUAAUCAACAAAACUACAUUUUUUUUUACUUUGAUAAAAAAAAAUGGAUCCUUUAAUUCUAACCCUCAUCACCCCUGUAAUAAUUGUGGUUUUCUAUUAUCUAAUAAAAGUUUCAAAUUCAAUUUGGUGGAAGCCAAAAAGAUUGGAAAAACAACUAAAACAACAAGGUAUAAAAGGCACUUCUUAUCAUUUCUUGACUGGAGAUAUGAAAGAAUGGAUGAAGCAAGUUGAGGAUGCUUGGGCUAAACCUUCCAAUCUUAACCAUGAGAUUGCAGCUCGUGUUGAUCCUUUCACCCAUAGCAUCGUCCACAAGUAUGGUAAGGUAUCUAUGUGUUGGGGAGGACCAACACCCAGACUGAUUAUCAAGGACGCAGAAAUGAUGAAACAAGUGCUAAGUAACAAGCAAGGUCACUUCGAAAAGCCAUACAUACCUCCAAUACUCUUAGUCCUAACCAAUGGUCUUACUACUUUGGAGGGCGAAAACUGGGCGAAACACAGGAAGAUCAUUAAUCCUGCUUUCCACAUUGAGAGGCUUAAGAACAUGGUACCUGCUAUGGCCGCUACUUGUGGUGAAUUCGUUGAGAAAUGGAAGAGCUUGAUUGGUGCUGAGGGAACUUGUGAGGUUGAUAUAUGGACUGAGUUUCAGAGUCUGACAGCUGAUGUGAUUUCAAGGACAGCUUUCGGGAGCAACUACGAAGAAGGGAGACACGUAUUCGAGCUUCAGAAAGAGCUCGUAAAGCUAGCUAUAGAUGCAAUGCAGACCUUGUACAUUCCUUGUUACAGCUACCUCCCUACUAAGAAGAAUAGGAGGAUGAAGGAGCUCGGCAAACUAAUCACAUCAAUGCUCACAGAUGUGAUCAGGAGAAAAGAGUGUGCUCUGAAAGCAGGAGAGGCAAAGGCAGAUGACUUACUGGGCCUGCUAUUGCAGUCUAAUCAACAGAUUAAUGAAGCAGAAAAUCAUGCAGUUCAGAAAUAUAGUGGGUUGACCAUUGAAGAAGUGAUUGAAGAGUCGAAACAAUUCUACUUAGCUGGCCAAGAAACAACCGCAAGCUUGUUAAACUGGGCUGUGAUAGUCCUAGCUAUGCACCCAGAUUGGCAAGAGAAAGCGAGAAAGGAAGUUAUACAAGUUUGUGGGAGAAACUUAGUCGAUUUUGAAGCAACUACCUGUCUCAAGAUUGUCAAUAUGAUACUUCUGGAGGUUCUAAGGCUGUAUCCUCCUGUGAUUGCUCAAUAUCAACAUACCUACAAGGACACCAAAGUUGGAGAGAUAAUCAUUCCAGCUGGGGUGGAUGUCACACUUCCUACACUACUUAUUCAUCACGAUCCCGAGGUUUGGGGUGACAAUGUGGAUGAAUUCAACCCAGAAAGAUUCUCUGAAGGGGCUUCAAAGGCAUCCAAAGAUCAGCUCGCAUUCUUUCCUUUCGGAUUUGGUCCGAGGACUUGUGUUGGCCAAAAUUUUGCUCUCAUUGAAGCUAAAGUGGCUUUAUCUACGAUUCUACAGAACUUCUCGUUUCAACUCUCCCCAUCCUACAGUCAUGCUCCCCACACUGUUAUGAUGCUUCAGCCACAGCAUGGAGCUCAUAUUAUACUGCAUCCUCACAAAAUUCACUAGGUUGUUGUAAACUUUGAACAAGCUGCAUCUUCGUAAUGAAUUUUUCAUCGGUAUGUAAACUUCAGCUUUGUUGUCAUAGUGUUACUUCUAUAUUCAUAUUCGGGAAUAUACGUAUAUUAAUUAUGAAUUGCAAAAGAAGUGAUAUUCCUUUAAGCUGUAUUAUGAACAAAGAAGCCAUAGAUGGUCAUCACUUUAUCUGUAACAUCUGUAAUCACAUAUUAUGUCUGACAAAAAGUAAUAAGACGCUUUGUUCUACACUAAA